UCUUCAGUUUCUUGGUAAAUUUUGAAGUGAAACAGUUCAAAUUAUGGGAACAUUCCAGUGUCUUCUGUGGACGCUCUUCUGUUUAGGAUUAAGUGGAAGUUUUGGUGUUAGUGCCGACAAUGGAUAUGUGAAUCUCCUAAAACCAAGGGGUGAUGUCAAUGGAACGGUUUUCCACAUGGAAAUGAGCAUGACGGGAGGAGUUUACAAUUCAGGAUACGAAAAUAAUGCUAAAGCCAUCUUUCGUUUUCACAUUGUGCCGUAUGGAUCCGAUAAGGUUUAUAUCCUUGCCAAUAUUGUGAAUAGCUAUCUUCAAAAUGGGAAAAAAUCAGAUCCAGCCAUUGAUUUUCCCAUUAAUGAAAAUGUAGGUUUCAUCCUUACUUCCUCGGGGAAGAUUGUGGUUAACAAGAAUGAACCAAAGAGAAAUACUAAUUGGGUAAAAAUAAUUUCGAAUUUCCUCAUAUUUGAUUAUGAGAAAUUCAAUGAAAUUAAAAGCAUUGAUAGGAGCAUUUACACCGUUGAACAACCUACCAUUUAUGGUAAAUGCAAAAUCCGCAGUAUGGGUGCUCUAACUGAAUCAAAGGAUAUUAUUAUUAAACAAUUCUUUGAUCCUAAAUAUUGUGACGCAUUUAAACCCAGAGUAUUCAGUGAUGUUGAAACUCUUAGAUCCGUAGGGGAUCUAACCAUAAACAACUACAGAGAGUACAGUCUUGUUAAAAGAAAGGGAUCAUACGUCUUGGAUUCCCUGCAAACAGAUCAGAAGAUCCUAUGGAAACCAUCAAAUGGAAAAUCCCUCACUCAUUUCUUCCGAACGACCUACAAAUUCACAUUCGUCGAAGAGGCUCCAUUAUCACUUGAUGAUACUGACUUUGACUUCAGUAGUGAGAGAAAUUUGACACUGUCCACCUUGACCUCUGCUAAUGAUUAUUUUGAACAAGAAAAAAAUUUUCAUAGACUCGAAUUUAUGCAUGAACAGAAAAAAGAACUUCUAGUUGAGCAAAUUAAGAAGGGUCUCAAGGAUAUUGUUAACAUCUGGAAUAAGCAUCCAAUUAGUUCAAUUGGUUUCAAUCAACCAGCUGCAAAAGAACUAACACGUACAAGUGCCCUCAUGGAGUAUCUGACGUACGAACAAUUCCUUGCUAUUUGGGAAUCCUUAAAGGAAGAAGGUGCCGACGAUCUUCUCAAUGCAUUCUACAAAGUUUCACCAAUUCCUGGAACGGAAGCAUCAGUUCUUUUUACCAAAAAAUUAAUCACAGAAAAAUUCAUUGAUAAAGAACUCGGAGAAAAAAUGCUAUCAAAACUUGCAUCGAGCAUAAGAAAGCCAACAUUGGGCACCCUUACGGCACUAAAGGAACUUGAGGGAACUAAGACUAACGUUGCCCUAAUGACGUAUUCAUCUGUUUUAGGAACAGCCUAUAAGGAAUUUUCCCAUUCGGAAAAAGUUAAGGAGCUUUUUGAAGAGGCAAAAAAGGAAUAUUAUGACAAAAUUGAAUUUUACAUUCAAAAUGGAGCAAUAAAAAAUGCAGAUGAGCUUCGAAUUUAUAUCUUUGCUUUGGGGAAUCUACGAACCAUUUCCCUAAAUGAACCUAAAGCUGAGUCUCUAAUGAAGGAAAUAUCAGAAAUUGAUGAUGAAUUAUAUCUACGAUUACUUAUGGCAUUUGAAAAGACAACACCUACGCAGUAUCUCUUUGAAGUUGUUGUUAAAAUUCUUCGUGAAGCCGCAAGGAGUCCCGAAUUGAAGGCUUAUGCCAUAAAAAUUGCAAUAACAAGACUCCCAACUCCGGAGCAUUUUGAAAUAGUUGCCCGAAUAAUGGAUGCUCAAACAAACAAUGAGCUUUACAAUUUAUACGAAGCAUGUGUUAGGGGUUUGGUUAAAACUGGCGAUCUCCCGGAAUCUGUUUUACUUUGGCUUGGACACCGUGAGCCAAUGAGUCGUUCUACGGGAAUUCUCUAUUAUAACCCAAAUGAUGUCUUUAUGGGAACUUCCGUGAUGGGGUAUAUAUUAUACAAUGACGUCACAUGGGUUCCAAAGAGUAUAUUCUUCAAUGUUUACCAAAAUUUCGAUGGUAAAGCGCAUAAGGUGUACGCAGUCUAUGUGCGAUUAUUCAAUGUGGAUAAACUCACAAGCUUUUUCUUACAAAGCGAUAAAGAGAGUUCUGAGGAAGAAUUUACGUAUGAAUUAACCAUCUAUAAAGGGAGCAAAGUUAUCUUUUUUGAGCGCAAAAAGAUUAAUUUUGCUUCAUUGAUGAAUGAUGUUAUUCAAUUUAUGCGAGAUUUCUCCCUACUUCCCUUUAAAAUGGACAUUGGAGAUAUUUAUCAGCAUUUAAACUUUGACUACUUCAUCCCAACGGAUACAGGGAAGAACCUUCAUUUAUACUUUAACGUUCCAUGGAUGUUUUCAGCUAAAGUUAAUUCUUUAAAAAUUAGCGAAGAAUCCGUUAAUAUAAAUGCAUUGGCAAGUUUGAAUUUUACAGCUCAAAGUACCACGGGAAUGCACAUGUACCACCCACAUAUUAAAGCUCUUCAGGGCUCAAGGGAACUCUCUAGUGUUCACAUGACUCAACAGAUAUCCUUCAAACUAUAUCAUGAUCAAAGACAUGGAGUUGAUUUUGCCAUAGCACUAACUGAAAAUCUAACACCAUUGUACGGUGUUCGUUUCCAGAAGAACACUGUUGUCUUCCUCAAUCCUAUUGGUGAAUGGACUAAGCCUUUUACUACAAAUGAGAAUUUUAAGGAUCAAGUUUUAAUUGAUAUGGGAAGGAAUGAGAAAGAUCUCCUUCUAUGGCAUACAGAUAUUGGUGCUAAACAUCACAUACAACUUGUAGAUUAUACCGCACCACCGGGAAAUUUGGAAUUCCCACAGUCAGUGUCGGAGCUUCUAAACAAGAAACCAUAUUCAGAAUUUAAUCAUCUAUCAACUGUUGAAUUUUGGAUGUCGCACCUGAGCUAUGUAACGUGGAAUUUCCUUGCACAUUCCGCCUAUUCGUACAAUUUGAAGCAUACCCUUGAACCCUGCCACCUUUUCCCUGUUAAAAAAUAUGUCGUUCACAUAGGGAAUGACUACCUAUUGCUGAAAUUCCAAGACAAAGAUGACAAACUGAUUGUUUCCUACAAAUUCAAUACAGUUAAUGGAUUUGCACAAUUUUUCCGACAAGGUCCUGGGCUGGAAUCUUCUGCUUUUUGCUUCGAUAAAACCAUCGAUGAAAUAGACAAGUCUGAAUUUCAAUUCUACUACGGAACCUACUCUGGGAACAUCAUGGAAUGCCCGAAAGAUCAAUUCCAAAUGAUUUUUAGGAAGACAUCUGAAUUCUCUCCAAAUCAAAUUGAAUAUCGCAAUGAUAAAUAUAGAACGUACAGUGAAUGUAUUCAUAAUUCCCCAUUCUUGCAAUUUAGGGAACCAACCAAUAGCUACAGAUGUGCUGAAGCAGCUACCAAAUUAGGUGCAACAACCAUCGAUAUAAGCUACAAGAAUCCUCCGAAGAAUUUUGAGAAACACUGGGAAUGGUGGUUAAAUUGGAUGUUCCGAAUGUACAAUGCUGUUGCAACGGAAAAUAUCCCUGGAAAAUUACCCGGAGAAUUAACUCUUAGAGCUGUACAUGCAAUGAGUUCACCAUAUUUUGACGUAGACGUCUUCCAUCAUGAUGAGAAGUAUUCAUUGAAAGUUGAUGCUGAUGGUGUAAUUUCACCUAAUUUUGCAAUAUCACGUCAAGCCCUCUUAAUGGAAUACUUCAGACAAUCACCACUUUGUACGGUUGUAACGUCAGAGAGAAAACUCCAAUCAUCCAGACAUUUUCUCCAUACAACAAAUCCUGACACAUGGGAGGAAUAUGCUAAAAUUAAGAAUGUUGUUGUAUCCGGAAAGAAGGUGUCUCAGGACAAAUUGGCUCUGAUGAUUCAACAUGACAAUCAAACCAUAACAGUCUAUCCAACAACUGUUGCAACUUCUUUGGAUAAGUAUGAGAUUAGAAUUGGUGAAAAUAAUCUCGAUGUACUACCAAUGGUUUGGAAUAAGAACCAAAUACGGUUCAUUAGAGUUUUGGAUACCCUAUUCUUUACCACAGAUCCCAAGGAGGAUGCAUACAGCUUUACAGUUGGCUACAAUGGAGAAAGUAUCACAAUUGUGGGAACAAAUUUGGGAAAUUAUAAUUCAGGAAAUUGCUUCAAAUUAUAGAUUAGGGAGGCUAGUUCAGCUAAUUCCUAACCUUGGCAUCAACGAUAAAACAAGCACUAAAAAUUGUCUACUGAUUGAUGACUGUAUACAAUAAAAACUAUUAAAAGCAUUGAAGAGAAAAAAA